GACAGAGGGGGGAAGGGAGAGGAGGAAGUGGAAUAACAACUCGAAUUGGAAUCACUCUUGCUGCCGUGAUGCUGGGACUCCUCCCUGCGCUCCCCUGCCUGCUUCUCCUCUCCCUGCUGGGCCCCAGCUCUGGCUCCGAUGACAACGGCACUGUGGUGCUCACCACCAGCGGCCCCAUCCGGGGCAAGCGCCUCCCAGCUGGCUCCGGCACAGUGACGGCCUUCCUGGGCAUCCCCUACGCUGAGCCCCCCGUGGGUGCCUUGCGCUUCCAGAAACCACUUCCCCACCAGCCUUGGAGCCAAGUCCUGGAGACCACCAGCUUCGGCAACGCCUGCCCCCAGUCUCCAUUUCCUAGUUACCCUGAUGCCUAUGUGUGGAAAUCCAAAAUGCCGCAGUCCGAGGACUGCCUCUUCCUCAACAUCUGGGUGCCCAAUCCCCGGCCCCCUGCGCCGGCCCCCAUCCUUGUCUGGAUCCAUGGUAUGGCUUUUGCCUUUGGUGCAGCCUCCCUCGAUGUCUAUGACGGGCGCUUCUUAGCUGCCACCGAGAACGUGAUUGUGGCCUCCAUGAACUACCGGCUGGGGGCGCUGGGUUUCCUGUCUCUGCCCCCAGCCGCCCCAGGGAACGCCGGCCUGUGGGACCAGCGUUUGGCACUGCGCUGGCUGCGGGACAACGCGGCUGCCUUUGGUGGGGACCCAGCUCGUUUGAUGCUCUUUGGCCAGUGUGCUGGCGGUUCCUCAGUUGGCUUCCACCUCCUCUCCCCGGGCAGCCGGCCCCUUUUCACCCGCGCCGUGCUGCAGAGCGGUGCCCCAACAGCACCAUGGGUUUGGAGUUCCCUCGAGGAGGCCCAGAAGAGAGGCCAGAGGCUGGGCCAGCUGCUGGGUUGCACCGAUAGCGAUGACACGGCCCUGGUGGGCUGCCUGCAGGGGAAGGCAGCAGGGGAGUUCCUCAAAUAUGAGUUCUCCAUCUUGCGCGGCAAGAAGCAGCUGGGGUUUCCCUUUGUGCCAACUGCAGAUGGGGAUUUUCUCCCUGAUACACCACCAAGACUCCUGCAGGCUAAGCAGAGCCAGCCUAUGCCCAUCCUGACCGGCAUCAACGCCGACGAAGGCUCCUACAUAUUAAUCUAUACUGUUUCCAGCUUCAACCUGAAGAACGCCAGCUCCAUCGGCUGGGAGGAGCUACUGCGGGUGGUGAGGAUGAUAGUGCCAGAGGCACCAGAAGAGGCCAUCCGGGCCGUGGCACAGCAGUACAGCCAGGAGGGGCAGGGGCAGGGUGAAGCACAGUACCGAUGGGCCAUGGAUCAAAUCCUUGGUGACUACUUCAUUGUGUGUCCAGUAGCCGAGAUGGCUAGGCGAGAGGUGGAGACUGGCAGUCCCGUGUAUGCCUACGACUUUGCCCACCGCAGCAGCGGCUUGUCUACGCCUGAGUGGACGGGGGUGCCCCAUGGCUCUGAGCUGCCCUACCUGUUUGGGACCCUGGCGUCUGUGGGAGGAGCCAACCACACGCACACGGAGGCCGAGGCGGGGCUGAGCCGCAGGGUGAUGCGGUACUGGGCGGAGUUCGCCAGAAGUGGGAUCCCCACAGGGGUGGAGAGCAAGAGAGAGAAGUGGCCCCUCUACAACCCCAUAAAACAGAACUUCUUCCGCAUCAGACUAGAGUCAUCUGAGGUUGUGGAGCUGCCCCUCAGUCAACACUGCAGCAUCUUGGCAUCACAGCUUGCAGAGAAGCUGAAUCCCAAAGGAGCAGACGUGCCCAGCCUGGUGGGGCGUGAAUGAAGAGCUGAGCAAUUACAAUCCCCUGAAGGGGGGGAACCCUCCCUGCAGACAAGAGCAUCCAGUUCCUGUUAGCGCCUGUCAAUUCAUUAACGAGGAUCCUGCUAAUAAACCCCCUGGGAAUCCAUGGAUUGACCUUCCCUCUGCAAU